UUCCCAUAUGAUAUACAUAUUCAAACUUUCAAACAGAUAAAAAUCUAAAAAAGUAAGUAAAUAAAUAAAUAAAGAAAUGAAUAUUUCGUGGACAAAUACUUCAAAAGCAUUGCAGGAUUUUGCAAGUAUUCUGGUUUGUGGCAAAUGUGGAUCCAAACCAGUAUCUCCAGUAAGACUAAUAAAUUGUGGACAUUUUUUUUGUCGAGAUUGCAUUAAAUCUGCAACAAUAUGUAUUAAAUGUGAUAUACCUGUGCAGCCAUGUGAAAUAAAUCCUGAUUGUUUAGUAUCAAAUCUUAUUCAAGCAUGCGAUACUAUUGCACAAGUUAUUAAAAGGGAUAAUAUAUGGGACAAUACUGUAGAUAUGUCUAAUAUAUCAUUAGACAAUGCAGUAUCUGAAAUAUUUAAUACAUCAAAAAAGCAUUCUUAUAUUAAAAAGAACAUAAAUAAACAAAAUUCAAAAGGAGAAACACAAUUGCAUACCACAUGUUUAAGGAGAAAUGCUGAACAAGUUAAACAUUUAUUGAUAGCUGGUGCAAAUCCUAAUACAAAGGACAAUGCGGGUUGGACACCAUUGCAAGAGAUGAUCAGUUAUGGAUGUAUUGAGAUAUCUAAAUUAUUACUGAGUUGUGGAGCAUCACCUAAUAUAUCAGGUUAUGAUGCAAGAACCCCAUUACAUGAAGCUGUUGAGUGUAAUAGAAUUGAAGAAGCUAAGUUGUUAUUGGAUCAUCAUGCUAAUAAGAAUCUAUGUGAUCAAUAUGGCAAAAAACCUAUUGACUAUUGUAAAUCAGACGAAAUGCGACAACUUUUGAUAGAUGUUCAAUCCUCGUCUGAGAAAAUAUUGGAUAAAAGUAUUAAUCAAACACUAGACACAUCAUUAUCUAUAAGAUGCGAUAAAAUUGUGAUUUAUGCCUCCAAUUUAAAGCAUGAAAAUCAGAAAUUGCUUAAUCUCCUAGCUACAAAACAUAAACUCAAGAUUUUGACUGCAUAUAGAUCAUCUGUUACACAUGUUAUAGUGGAGGUAAAUGAACGGAACAUUACAAAAUUGACACUUGAUGUUUUAUUUACCAUUGUUCAUGGCAAUUGGCUUCUUAAUAGUGAAUGGAUUGUACUAGCAGAAGAUAUGGACAAUAUAUCUAACAUGGAUUUCGAAUUGUUUGAAGUUAAUGGUGCACCAACUUCUGAUGUUCCAAAAAGAGCGAGAGAAAAUGCGGAAAAUCAAAGUCCACGCCUAUUCAAUAACUGUUUCUUUUAUUUUGCUCUACAAACAAAUAUAACUUAUCGAAUUGGUGAUGUGGAAUUAAGAAAAGAUGACUUGAUACGACUUGUGAAAGCAGGAGAGGGAACAGUUCUCACUAGAGAACCAAAUCCAGAAGAUCUGAAAGAUAUGAUGCAAGCGAUACCUUUUCACAUUGCAAAUGAUUCGUCUCAUCCUUUAUAUAAAUGUACGCAUUAUAUUAUAUAUAUGCCAGGUAAAGAUGAACCACGUAUAAAAUAUAAAAUGCCACAUAUUAAGAGUCUGCCACUCAUAUGGCUAAUUGAAUGUAUAGAAAAAUUUACUCUAAUUAAUCCAGCUCACCUAGGUUUAUCCUAAAUGCCCAAAGAUGUAUAUUAUUACAACAUUUUCUAUAUU